ACAGAAAUCGUCAGUGUGUUGCAGAGUAUCUAAAAAUACUGAGUUGAAAAAGACACCGACUAAAUUAUUCUAUCCGUGUUUAUAAUAAACCUGAUAUUAUCAAAAUUUUAUUAAACAAAAUUUCAUUUUUAAUUCAAUUUUUUACACUGUUAAUUAAUAUAUUUUUUAAUAUCAAUUUUUAUUCAAAUAUUUGUGUUGAUUUUUAAUUUAAAAAAUGUGUUGUUAAAAUUUUUUAUUAUUGAUAAAAUAUUUUGAUUUAUCUGUGAAGUGUUUUUCAAUAAAUAAAAAAUUAAUUUGAAUUAAAUUUUCAAAAUUAAAAUGAAAAGAAAAUCAACACAUUGGCUUUUCAUACUCAUAUUGAUGCACAGCUUGAUAACAAAUCAAGGUAAUGGAUUAUCCGAGCCACCAUUAAAUUACAAUGGUUCAAAAAGAUUUGCCUGUCCAGAAUAUGCCUACAAUGAUCAUCAACCAACUGAUAGAUUUGAUUCAUCAAUUGUCCUGCGACAAUUACGAUCAGAAAUGAUUCGCAUGUCUUCAAUACAAGACAAACCACUUGAUGGAUACAUCACAACCUCGGAUGAUGAUCAUCAGAGUGAGUCUGUAUCAUUUCACGAUAUGAGACGAGAAUUUUUAACUGGUUUUCAUGGUAGCGCUGGUGAAGCAAUUGUGACAUUAUCAAAAGCUGUUUUAUGGACAGAUGGAAGGUAUCAUUUACAAGCUGAUCAACAACUUGAUUGUCAUUGGACCCUGAUGAAACAUGGACAAAACAAUGUACCAAGUAUGACUGAAUGGCUUCAACAUGAAUUUAAAAAUAAUACAAAAACACGUAUUGGUGCUGAUCCAACAUUAAUACCAGCCCAUACUUGGCAAAUAUGGGAAAAAGAUUUAGCUAAAUCAUCAAUACAACUUGUUGCAGUACCAACAAAUUUAAUUGAUUUAAUUUGGCGUGUUAAUCGUCCAAAAAAUAAUACAUAUUCAGCAUAUCCAUUGGAUAUAAAAUUUUCUGGUAAACCAUGGCAAGAAAAAGUACGUCAAUUAAGAUUACAAAUGGAGCUAAUAAAAACAGAUGCAAUUGUUAUAACAGCACUUGAUGAAAUAGCAUGGUUAUUAAAUAUUCGUGGAUGGGAUUUACCAAAUACACCAGUAUUAAAAUCAUAUGUUAUUAUAACUCAAGGUUCAAUUUAUUUAUACACUGAACGUCAUAAAAUACCAAGAUCAGUUGAUUUACAUUUAAAAACAGAUGGUUGUUUUCAUGCUGAUUGCAUAAGAUUGCAUAAUUACACAGACAUUUGGAAGGAUUUGAGUACAAUGUCACAAUCUUGGACAAGUGUUUGGUUACCAUCACCAUGUGGUUAUGCCCAGGGUGUAUCAAGAAGAAUCUAUACCUCAGUUUCAAAAGAAAAACGUUUAUCAAAACCAUCACCAAUAAUAAAACUUCGUGCUGUUAAAAAUGAUAUUGAAAUUGAGGGUAUGAGAAGAUCACAUUUAAGAGAUGCUGUUGCAAUGUGUGAUUUUUUAGCAUAUAUGGAAAAACAAAUUGGAUAUAAUACAGAAGGAUGGGAUGAAAUGCAAGUUGCACGAGUUGCUAAUGAAUUUAGAUUAGAAAUGGAAUUUAAUCAGGGUAUAUCAUUUCCAACAAUAUCUGGUUAUGGACCACAUGGUGCAUUACCACAUUAUGAAGCAAAUAAAAGAACAAGUUUAACAAUACAAUUUAAUUCAACACUUGUUGUUGAUUCUGGAGGACAAUAUUUUGAUGGAACAACUGAUGUAACAAGAACUUUACAUUUUGGCAAUCCAACACAAGAACAAAAAGAAGCAUAUACUAGAGUUUUAAUUGGACAAAUACAAUUAGCAUCACUUGUAUUUCCAACAGAUAUUACAACAAGCAAUCUUGAUGUGCUUGCUAGAGAACCACUUUGGAGUAUCGGCAAUGAUUAUAUGCAUGGAACUGGUCAUGGAAUUGGUCAUUUUUCAUCAGUUCAUGAAUCACCAAUAAAUAUAGCUUAUCAAGAACAUUCAGUAUCAACAUCAGACUGUCCAAGCUACUUGGAACCAGGAAAUUUUUUAUCAAAUGAACCUGGUUUUUAUAAAGCCGGUGAAUUUGGAGUUAGACUUGAAAAUAUUAUUGAAGUUAUUGAAGCCAAUGAACAUACAAAUGGAAGACGACGUUAUUUAAAAUUUCGAGAUGCUACUUUAGUACCAUAUGAACCAAAACUAAUUGACACAAGUAUGCUGAGUCCUAAUCAUAGACGUUGGCUGAAUGAUUAUAAUCAAAGAAUUCGUAAUGAAUUGGGACCAGAAUUAAAAAGACGAUUAAGAAUGCCAGCAUUUGAAUGGAUGAUGAAUAAAACAAGAACCAUUCCUGAGUGGGGUGAAGUUAAUGAAAAAUAUUUUGUUGGAAAUUCAAAUUCAUUAUUGUUUUCCAAUAAUUAUUAUGUCAUUUUUAUUAUUGUGAUAUUUUUACACAUAUGGACUGCUGGUUUUACGAGUUAACUAGUGGUUAAGUGGUUCCAUGGUUAACUAGUGAAUAAAAUAAAAAAUUAUAUUUUAUUAUUAUUAAUUGAUAAAAUAUUUUUAAGAAAAUAAAUCAUUAAUGAUAUAUCAUAUCAGAGUGCACAAAAGUGCAUCAAAGUAUUUCAAUUUAUAAAAAAACAAAAUAAGGUAAUACAAAGUAUUACAUAUUUUUAUUAAUAAAAUAUAUAAAUGAUAUUUUUUUUUUUUUUUUGGAGUAACAAGAAGAGUACUUUUGAUAUUUAAAAAAACUGCCUAUUACUCAAAUUUUCGAUAAAAUAAAUAACAAAGUAAAAAUGAAUGAAAGAUAUUAAAAUUUUUUGUAAUACGAAUGAAUGAAAAAUUGAUUUGUUGAAGAAAUGUUUAAUCUAUGUAUGUAUAAAUAAAUAAAUUUAUAAAUAAUGAUAUUA